AUGUAUAUCUUCAACGCAAUAGACACGGAUUUCAACAUUCCUUUCGACCAGGUACAGCAGGUCCAGGACACCAUUGACAGACAAGGAAGAUCCCAGUUUCAGACAAUGUUUCUCGACAUUAUGAAGAACUACAGCAAAAAUCUUCUUCCAACCUUAGGCGCGCGUUUUCAGCAAAUGAAAUUGAACAUUACCACCCAAAUUGAAACGUUGGUUGGCAUUGAUGAGGUUGAAGAACGAUUUACAACCGUGUUGACAUUUCAUCUAGCUUGGGAAGAUAAACGGUUGACAUGGGAUCCUCUUUUGAGCGGUGUUCCUUUCAUGACCAUCGAUGAGAAUGUGGUUUGGAAGCCCGUGAUUGAGAUAGGAAACCCACAUGAAGCCAAAUCUUCUCGAAAAGAAACAGAAAAUCUUGUAUACAUAAUGAGUGAUGGUCGAAUAUACUGGACGUUUGUGCGUACCAUUGACACGAGAUGCGACAUAGAUACGACCCACUACCCAUUCGAUCGCCAGUACUGUCACAUUGACUUGACAACCCCAAUGUACACUCUUUACGCUGUCAACUUUACCCAUGGCAUUCACAAACGCGGCUUAAACCACGGAAACUGGCGCUACCAUAGUCACAGUAUUUAUCGUCAUCAAAAUGUUGAAUCAUUCUUGUGGAUCGGUACGAUAGAAUACGCCUUUGACAGAAAGCCCACAAAUCCCGUUAUUCUCUACAUAGCUCCAGUCUUCAUUUUGAUUUCAAUUCUUCCGUUGGUCUUCCUUCUUCCAAACGAAGGAAGUGACAGAAUAGGGUUGACACUGACCGUUCUACUUGCAGUGUCCGUCUAUAUGACUUUGGUGGCCGAUGAACUGCCUGACAGGUCUGAGCCGAUGCCAAUUAUAACAAUAGUACUGUUCAUUUGGUACGUCUUAAAUACCCUCACAACAAUGCUAGUUUUACUCAACGCAAGAAUGUAUCGCAUCAGUGAGCAAUACACUGUUCCGGCGUGUCUACAGUGUGCUGUUCUAUUUACUCGACGAAUCUUUUGUCAAGGACAACUAAAGGCUCCAGUUGAAGAUGAAGAUGACAGUCAACAGGAGGCGAUAACAAAUGAAGUUAAUGAUGAAGAAAAAGGUAAUGCUAUGCCAGGAAAUGACAACAUCAGCAGUGCUAUCCCCGGUAGAGGCGACUUUACUUCACCAAAUGUGAAUUGGAAACACGUGAGCUCCAUGGUCGACAAAAUCCUAAUUGUUUCAAUCUACACAGUUAUGGCCAUCUUUCUGAGUAUUCUUUUUGGUGUUCUGUACCAUGGCGACAAGAACAAGAAAAGCAGUAUGGAAUUCGGCGAUGAAUAUGUUAAAUAUGACAUUAAUGCUUACAAUGUUUAG